ACUUGGUGAACUUUCCCUUGGAAACGUGCCUUUGUAACUGUUUUGUGUUAGAAGCUCAGGUACAACUGCAUCUGCAGAAAUUUUCAGUAUUUUCUCAUCCCAAGUAACAUGAAACAUUAUGCACAUUUAACGGUAUCAAGGUCUCUGUGUAUUUAUAUUUAAAGCUACUGUAAUAUGUUUAGUAUAAUUAAAUGUCUGCAUCUUACUAGUAUUUUUAUUUUUUAAACCUGCCCCAGUAGCCUGUUUCCUGGAAGUCUUUAGCCAUCACAUUUGCUAUUGGAGGAGCUUUACUGGCUGGAAUGAAGUACUUCAAGAAAGAAAAGGCAGAGAAGUUGGAGAAACAACGGCAGCGAAGCAUUGGAAAGCCUCUACUUGGGGGACCAUUUUCCCUCACAACUCAUACUGGAGAGCCCAAAACUGAUAAGGACUACCUGGGUCAGUGGGUACUGAUUUAUUUUGGUUUCACUCAUUGCCCUGAUAUUUGUCCAGAAGAACUAGAAAAAAUGAUCCAAGUCGUGGAUGAAAUAGAUAGUAUUCCAACUCUGCCAGAUUUAACUCCACUUUUCAUCACUAUUGACCCAGAGAGGGACACAAAAGAAGCCAUCGCAAAUUAUGUGAAAGAAUUUUCUCCCAAACUGGUUGGCUUGACUGGCACGAAAGAAGAGGUCGAUCAAGUGGCCAGAGCUUACCGAGUGUAUUACAGCCCUGGCCCCAAGGACGAAGAUGAAGACUACAUAGUGGACCAUACCAUAAUCAUGUACUUGAUUGGCCCAGAUGGUGAGUUUCUAGAUUAUUUUGGCCAGAACAAGAAGAAUGCAGAGAUAGCUGGUUCAAUCGCUGCACACAUGAGGGAGCACAGGAGAAAGAGCUAGCCACAGCAGUGCUGCCAGAAAGAGGCCUUGUCUCCAUAGAAGGCAACUUACGUGUGUGUGCAACCCACAGAGUGGCCUUUGCACCAUGAAGACAUCUAUAUUUUGGACAGGGCAUGUUACCCUUGGGAUCAGCCAACAUGGAAACUGUAAAAAUUACCACCACAAGUCUCCCAACUAGCCAUCGCCAGCCUGGAGGACCAAGUUAAUGUGAAGCCAGGGGAGUGGCCUCGGGAGGAACAGCCGAGAGGGAGGCACAGUCAGUGAGUUCCUGCCGUGAGCAGGGCCCUCUGCUCAGCGUCACUGCCUCCAGUGUCUGGGACCCCUGCUUGUACAGGCUGUGGGACUGGAUUUCCAAGAAGAAUAGUUUCCACAGUGCUGUUGCUUCCCCUUCGAGUUCUUGGUGGCUGAUAAAUUAGCUUUCUGCCAUUUGAAGCUGAUCUUUAUACUUGAAAGUUUAAGUGGAGCCUUCCUUUUAAGGAACAUCACUGUCAGGUUUGCAUUGCAGUCCCCUCUCAGCAGGUGCUGAUUUGACUAAUGAAGAGGGAAUCGAUUGUUUGGGGAAAACCAUUAGAUUUGUUUCUUUAGGGAUCUUGUAUGUGAUUUUUAGCCAAAUGAUAUGCUGGAUUUUCAGUGACGUACCAGAUGGAAAGGAGGCUGUUGAUGAUGAGUGUGAUGCGGACACUUUUCUGCCUAUACUGAUUGCUCUUUGUGAAAUAAAUGUGUAUUCAGUUUCGCA